ACCAUUCUGGGAGGGACCUGUUUUCGAUCGAGCACCGCGAGACGUUGGGCAGCGAUGUAGCUAGAUUAUGGCGGAAGGAAUUACGGUGUCUGAAAUGUCCAGAAAUCAAAGCAACGUCUGACCAGGUUUAAUUUGUGUGCACUGUUAGUGGUCGCGGAAAAAGCCAGUGGGAGUCGGCAAGGUGGGGCGGGCCCAUAACCCCUGCCUGAAUAGCCUGGAAAUCAAGUCGUCAAAAAAUUAACUUUCGUGCUGUCAUCAUGUCUUUCUUCAAUCAGUUGAAGAAGAUAUUUGGCAUUACAUCCUCGGACUAUGACAUUAAGAAGAAAAAACAGGCGAAUGACAAUAUCAAAAGAGAUCAAAAUCCUCUAGAAAAGUGGGAUAUAGUAGGGGAACUUGGCGAUGGGGCUUUUGGAAAAGUUUACAAGGCUGAGCGUAAGGACAACAUGCUGUGUGCGGCCCUUAAGGAGGUGGAGAUCAAGGGCGAGGAAGAACUGGAGGACUUCACUGUGGAGAUUGACAUCCUCUCUGCCUGCGCUCAUCAAAAUGUUGUGGGCUUGUAUGAGGCCUUCUUCUUUGAUAGUAAACUUUAUAUGUUUAUCGAGUUCUGCGGGGGAGGUGCCCUGGACAGCAUCAUGGUGGACUUAGAGAAACCCCUGACUGAAGAGCAGAUAAGAUUUGUUACUCAUGAAAUGGUGAAGGGCCUUGACCACUUACACAAGCACAGAGUCAUCCACAGGGAUCUCAAGGCUGGCAAUGUACUGGUCACAAUGGAAGGAGAUGUCAAACUGGCUGAUUUUGGAGUGUCUGCCAAAAAUGUGAAGACAACACAGAGACGAGAUACCUUUAUUGGAACACCUUAUUGGAUGGCUCCUGAAGUGAUAAUGUGUGAGACCUUAAAAGAUGCGCCCUACGAUUAUAAAGCUGAUAUCUGGAGUUUAGGUAUAACGAUGAUAGAGUUUGCACAGAUAGAACCACCAAACCAUGACAUGCAUCCCAUGAGAGUGUUGAUCAAGAUACAGAAGUCUGAACCUCCAACACUGGACCAGCCCUCCAAGUGGUCGAAAGCAUUCAAUGACUUCAUAUCCACCUGUCUAGUUAAGGAUCCAGAGAGGCGACCCACAGCUGAAGAACUGGCUGAGCACAAGUUUAUCAAAGGAUUUGAGAACAGAAAGCCUCUACUAAACUUAAUUUUGGAGGCUAAGGCAGAAGUAGUGGAAGAUGUUCAGGAUCUCUCUGAGGAAGAAGAACUACGCAAAAUAAAGGUAUCGGAUAAUGCUCAAAUAGAUGACUCCCAGUCUUUGGAGAGUCUCUCAGUGUCUGAUUUAUCUGAAACUGGAGUGGAUGAAUCAGAAGGAGAAAAUGACAAGCUUUUGGAAUUGGCCCCCAAGAAACCAGUAGAGUUUGUAGAAGAGAGGGUUGAAGAAAAGUUUGAAGAGAAGGAAGAAAAAGAGAAGGAAGAAAAAGAGAAGGAAGAAAAAGAGCAGAGACCAGACUCUAAAACUGAAGAAGUCAUGAAGAAGGAAGAGCAAGAGAAGUCACCGGAUGAGGGUUUAGGUCCCAGCGGUAGCGAGAAGUCUGAACUGUCUGAUGUAAGACAUAGCCAGGGAGAGAGUCCGUCCAAAACAGUGGAAAAGCCAGGGGACGAAAGUAAAGCUGAAGAGGAGCAAGGAGUAGAAACUGAAAUCAUUAAUGACAUUCUAGAUGAUGUAAUCCAGUCCACAACUGUGCAGCCGUCAAUACCAGGUGUGGUUUUGGAUACGGUGCAAGGAUUUGUGGAGGAAGGUCACAACAGGGAUGUGGGGAUGGAGAGAGGGGAUCAUAGAGACAUCCACGUCCCUGUGUCAACUGUGAUAGACAAAGUCGAUGACACCCACCCAACGCCAGAUGGCUCCAGGCCAGGGUCAGAAAACAAGGAGACAGCGCCUGAGGAAAAACCAGGUAUAGAAGACGUUAGUCCUGUCACAAAUAUAGAUGAACUGAUAAUAGAUCAAGAUGAUGUUAUUGACUUGGACGACACUGAUUUGGACGUUGUGCCAAAGCGAGAAAAGAGCGAGGAAAAAACUCAGGAAGCUAAAGUGGAGCCAGCCAACAGGUUCGUUAACGGAAACGCUGUCCACAUGCGAGAACAUGAAGAAAACGAACCAGCACCUCCAAUUCCACCACGCGUAUCAAUGAUCGACAAACGUGAUAGCAAAACAAACCUUGUAGACUUAGAUGUGUCCAAUCCAGACGAUGAUCUAGAUCGUAAAUCUGACGAUGGUAGCUCAACGACGGCUGACAGCGUAGACAAGACUAAGAUGCGUCCCCAGUCAGCAGGUGGCAGCAGAUACAUCCAGAAAACCAGAGGGGAGAACAAGAGUCAGUACAGGACGAUUAAGAAGACUCGUCGCUUUGUGAUUGAUGGCGUAGUGGUAACAAGUACUACAUCCAAAGUUGUGGCUGCGGGAGAGGGAAAAUAGAGUGAAAGAUGAGCAUAAUGUGAGGUAGGUGAUACUUCUCUUUGUCAUGUCCCACCUUUGCUGUAUGAACUCAUUUCAUUAACAGCUCCUCUCUCAUCUCUUUGGUUUCAAAUGUGAUGUCAAAUGAUAAGGGAAUUCGUUGAGGAACACAUGCUGCUGUAAGUUCUCUAUUUGAACUCAUGGAGAUACGUUAAGUUCACAACAUACAAAAGGCAUGGCUAUGACUGUGAAUAGUUCUGAAUGUUUGAGCAAAGUAAUACAAACAUUGCAGACAUGCAUAAGACGCGCAUAAAGGCCUGAGGUAGAUCAGAAAUCUCAUUUCUGUGAGACAAAAGUUUUGUUGAUAAUUUGCUUCUCUCCCACCAAGGAUGUUCAUGAGGAGGGGAGGUAAUUUGUGCAUCGUUUGAUAAGCAUUUUCUCAUACAUUGUAGUUGUCUCCCCUGAUGAGCAUAGGGUUUACAUUCUAAAUAUACAUCAGAUUCUUACCCUUAAUGAUCAAGUACUGAGAUACAGAGUAUAUUUCUGGAAUAAAAGCAUGUCCUGUAUCUUGAAAAGGGGUUAAAUCUGGUUUAGAAUUAGAAAUUUGUAAUGUAUUGUUGUGUACAGGUGUGCCUUAUUAUUUUAGCGUCAGCAGCAGUUUACAUUUAAGUAGAGUGAAUGUUAUAAUGUGGGAGUAUUUUAGUAUAUGGAGUCUUUAUAGCUGUCAGUCUACCAGUGAAUGCUACUUCAUUGCCGCUUGCCGUCACUGUGAGUUCAAGUCCAGCUCAUGCUGGCUUCCUUUCCAGCUGCACGUGGGAAGGUCUGCCUGCAACAGCGUGAAACAACAAUCAAAUAAAUAAAUAAAUCAGUGCCGCUUGCACAUGAUCUACAGAUUUGACUAGUAUAGUUUAGAUUAUAGCGACGAAGGCUGUAAGGUGUGAUGAAUGGCAUGGAUAUGUAAGGUUUUGUUUCAAGAGCUGCAUUUCUGGUCUUUAUCAGAUGUGUCUUUCUUCACCUCCAGUUUUUGUAUGCUAAAUCUCUUUGAGGUGAUGGAGUGGGUUUAUCCCACAUCAGGGCGUUUAACCUCGAACCAUCGAUCAGUCCACCUCCUUUGAGAGUAUUCUUCUGAUAAGGACACCAAAGACGUCAUUUGCCUCUGUGAAGCACACUUUUUCAUUCCUGCCGUUAUGCAUGUAUGUCAGGUCUGUAGCUCUAAGCUUCAAUCAGCCGUUGAAUAAGGUUCUUUAGGCAAGUAGAACAACCCCGCACCUUUCUUCAUCAAUCACACGUAAUACCCUGGUGGGUUGGCACAGCUUGUGGUCCUGAGGUUCGGGUCUUGAUGUAACCUAUCUGUCAAGCUACUUGUGUAACAUGGUGUACUUGUGUAUGCUUAACCCAUGUUUUCAUCUUACAUAGACAUCUCAAAUUUAAAUUUCUUAUAAAUUAGAUAAAAAAAUUCCCGUUAUACAAGUAUUUUUUUAGCAAUGUGUAUACUCUAGAAGUUAUCAGAAAAUAUACCUACAUUUUGUAUUUAUUGUGUUU